AUGGAUCGGCGUCUGAUUGAGAAACGCAGGACGUGGACUUACCUGAAGAAGGCCCUGUUGAGACGAUAUGGAGAAAAGCUGGAUAAGUCGGCGGCAGAGUGGCGUGUGAGCAUGCGGAGGAUGAUGCCAGGCGAAACACAUGCCGGCUUCGCAGGCGGACUUCGCGACGUGGUCGGUCGAAACAAAGACCCAAAGCCCGGAACUCUUGAGGAGGCCGUUGACAAGGCCACGGAAAUUGACGACCCCAUGGACAACGUGGCCCAGGGGAUGGUCAACAUCGGGCAGUCGUGGGCAACCGCGCCCUGUCGAUACGUCAUACCCAUGGACGGAACCACAGGUCAGACAAGCGUGAUACCCGGUAUCAGUGGCACUGGAUUGGCGACACUAAUGGCGGCUAGUGAGGAUGGGCGUUUACAACGCAUAUCGGGGACCUGGGAUCCGCCACCAGGCCACAUCUGGAAUGGCAAAUACUGGGACGAACCGAAGAAGAAGGAGAAGCAGCGGAUGUCAGGCGCUUCCACGCAUCACGGUAGUCAGAAAGGCAAGGCAACAGCCGCUCAAACGAAACGGCAGCGAGAGAGAGACGAUUCGAGUGAUGACGGGGCAGCGGGCAAGCCGAAACCGAGAAAGUUGAAGAUGGCGGUGCGCCAGGCGCCCAUGGAAGAGAAGCCGGGUGUUAGCAGGGUACCGGUGGCGGAACAGCGUGCUGCAUACCUAGGAAGUUCGAAUGGUGGCGGCCAGACAACGAACGGUAACAGCUGUUAUCGGUGUGGUCGAUGUAAUAGGCAGAGGAGACGUAGCAACCCGAAGGUAAAAUAG